ACAUUUAUUCACUUCACUUCACUUUGCCCCUUUCCAAUCCUGACUUUUGUUAUCAACUUUCCUCGCCAUGGCAUCGCCCACGGGACGCGUCGACGGCGACGAGAGGCCAUUUGCCUGCUCCCGCUGCUCCAAAUCCUUCAAACGCCGCGAACACCUCAAUCGACAUUUCCGCGCCCACACGCUGGAGAAGCCGUUUGAGUGCCGCUUCUGUGGCAAGACAUAUAGUCGCAGAGACCUCGUCACGCGCCACGAAAAGACUUUACAUGGCCCUGAUCGACUCCCCAGCACCGCCACCGCCACGGGCACUGCAACCACUGCCACUGCCACCACCACCACCACCUCAUCAGCUACCGCAUCUGCUGGAACAAGUCACAAUAACCCCUUUUUGGCGCCCUUCCCGCCCCUCGACAGCCCCGACUCUCUCCGUUCGCUGCCUAUGUCGGGCCCAUCUCCGCACGCUCAUGCUCACGCUCAUGCUGCCGCUGCUGCUGCCGCCGCCGCUGCUGCAUUCCAGGAAGCCGACGCGAUGAUUGAUCCUGCUCUGUUUGAUUCCAUCCUGCAUCAGACCCCUUCUGCCGACACUGCUUCGCCGUUAUUGUCAGAGUCCACCACGAGCAACGACGCAUCGCAACAUGCCUCCACUGGCCCCGGCACAGUCAAGCGGCGGAGACUCAUGACCAGGGGGACGACGACCUCAAUCUCGUCCGAUUCUAUCGACACGUCCCCACUCCCACAUGCCGCGUACGGGUCCCAUCCGUUGCCGUGACCGGUCUUCGAUCUGGUUUCGACGCUUUGUAAUGUGUACUUGCCUCUCUUCUACCUGUCGCCACUCGACUGUGACAAGCAGUCGUUUCACAUCUCCCGGCCACUGUAGAUGACGGGCAAUAUACGUGGACCAUCAGACCUCUUCAAGUGCUUGGCAUGCUUGUAAUCUCAACAAGCCAAAAAGAAAUGUCCUUUCGUGACAUGGCUCGAUUCGUGGCUGUAUAUGGCCUAUCAAAAAGAUACUUGCUUCAUCUCUCCCAGGACAGACAUACUUUACGGUUGUCUACCAUCUCUUCACCACCACCACUCUCCAGCGCAGCAACAGAGGGCCGCUAGUACUGCUCGAAAUGGUCGAUUCUCAGACUUUACCAUCAUCUCAAGCAUUACUUGGAACCUGCAGCGCGACAGUCUCAUCAGCCCAUCACGUCUCACCUCCCCUCUAAUAGCUCUCUCUGUAGCUGAUCAUGAUGAUAUGACGGCUUACCUGAAUUGACGCACACCUCAUACACUCCGGGAGACGACUGAAAGCAAAACCGUCCGGGACAGCAAGCAUGUUCGAUUCGGUUGCGACAUGCUUCCAGGGAAUUGCUGCUUGUUCCCGGCAUGCAUGUGACUUGACUUUGUGCGUUGGUGAGAAAGGUGAAGUGGCCGAGGAGGAUAAGGAGGAGUGUUGUUGUUGAUGAUGAUGGGAGAAGCAUUGUUGCGUUGUUGUUGUUGAUGUUGUCUUUGUUUCUUGUGCUUGUUUCAGAGAAAAAGUGUUGUUAUCAAACUGGUAGGUAGUGAUAGAGGGUAAUCCAGUAGGUAGUAGUAACUGCAGAGAUUUUC